AUGAAUCACGCUAACAUGAUCGAGGAUAAGUACCUCAAGAAAGGAUUUAUCAUCGCCACCGUGUGCUCCACCAUAAUCGGUACCUUCACCUCGUCUAUUGGCCUCUGGGACAAGGUCAAGGAGAGGAGAAAGCAAAACAUCCGUGACUCGACUCAAGACGAGGAGAUCAAGAAGCUGAGAGAGAGGGUCGAGGAAUCGGAGAAACAAGCUCGAGAGAGGGAACAGAAGGGACCAAGGGAAUCUAGGCGCAAUUCCCGAGACGAGGUUUCCGACUCCUUUGAACGGUCCAGCGCGCUCAUCAACCGGGAGUUCCAGAUUGGCUAUGACCAACUGGGCAGAAAGUUCGCCGUCGGAGACAUGGUCACCGAGAACAGGCUCCAAGCACAAGUCAUCACUCUUCAGCAAACCGUCAUCAACGUCCUGCAGGAUGCUCUAGAAUCUGGCCGCAAACUGAACCGCGCUGACAAGGCAAAGCUCAUCGCUGCGUCUGACGCUGCGCGGGAGGGCUCUCUAGAUGCUCUCCGUCAACAACGGCAACGGCUAGCCCUGGCGGCUCCUGAAGAGAUACCCCGCCAGCAGCAACUGACCCAAGGCCCUCCAAGCCGUUCCUCUAAGUCUUCUGUCAAGUCUUCUGCACAGUCUUCUGUUAGGUCUCCUGUGCAGUCUUCUAUUAGGUCUCCUGUGCAGUCUUCUGUUAGGUCUCCUGUGCAGCCCUCUGUUAGGUCUCAUGUCCCGUCCUCUGUCAGAUCCCUUGCCCCGUCUUCUGUCAAGUCUUCUGUCAAGUCUUCUGUUGUUGAGUCUGAUCCCCUAUACUGCUGGUAUAGCCUCGACUUGCAAUAUUCUCAGCGUAAGCCUCUGGCAAUCAAUUUCGCUCCCAGGAAUGACUGCCGAUGCCCCGACUGUGGUGUUCGGCUCGAGGUGGAAUCGGAUGACCGUUGGGUCAUUGAGAAACGCACCUCUCCGCCACCAUCACCGGACGGAUACAGGGAGAGACGUCAAGGGCGUGUUGAAUUUGUCGCUAAUGCACGCUUCGUCAUCAAGUGUCACACGCACCACGGGGAGUUUGCCUGCGUUCUUUGCAGAAAACAUCGUGAGAGCGACAUGCUAUGCCCCACGGCCGAUACGCUCCUCGACCAUGUGGGCAAGGAACACAGCAUCAGUGAACUCAUGAAAGAGCCUGACAUUGAAGCGGUAUGA